CCAGAGCCCCGUGUGCGGCACAGCCACAGUCUGGGCAGCGGCGGCCAGGGGAGCGCUACUACCAUGAACUGCCUGGUCCUCCUCCCCAGAGCUGCUCAUCCGGGUCGGGCUGGAGAUACAGUCAGGGGACCCCGUCGCCGCCGCCGCGCCCCCUCUUCUUUCGGCUCAAUCUUCUCUUCCACCUUUUCCUCCUCUUCCUCCACCUUCUCUUCCUGCAUCCCCCCCUCCCCCGCCGCGGAUCCUGGCCGCUGCUCUCCAGACCCAGGAUGCCGGGGGGCAAGAGAGGGCUGGUGGCACCGCAGAACACAUUUUUGGAGAACAUCGUCAGGCGCUCCAGUGAAUCAAGUUUCUUACUGGGAAAUGCCCAGAUUGUGGAUUGGCCUGUAGUUUAUAGUAAUGACGGUUUUUGUAAACUCUCUGGAUAUCAUCGAGCUGACGUCAUGCAGAAAAGCAGUACCUGCAGUUUUAUGUAUGGGGAAUUGACUGACAAGAAGACCAUUGAGAAAGUAAGGCAAACUUUUGACAACUAUGAGUCAAACUGCUUUGAAGUUCUUCUGUACAAGAAAAACAGAACCCCUGUUUGGUUUUAUAUGCAAAUUGCACCAAUAAGAAAUGAACAUGAAAAGGUGGUCUUGUUCCUGUGUACUUUCAAGGAUAUUACGUUGUUCAAACAGCCAAUAGAGGAUGAUUCAACAAAAGGUUGGACGAAAUUUGCCCGAUUGACACGAGCUUUGACAAAUAGCCGAAGUGUUUUGCAGCAGCUCACGCCAAUGAAUAAAACAGAGGUGGUCCACAAACAUUCAAGAUUAGCUGAAGUUCUUCAGCUGGGAUCAGAUAUCCUUCCUCAGUAUAAACAAGAAGCGCCGAAGACGCCACCACACAUUAUUUUACAUUAUUGUGCUUUUAAAACUACUUGGGAUUGGGUGAUUUUAAUUCUUACCUUCUACACCGCCAUUAUGGUUCCUUAUAAUGUUUCCUUCAAAACAAAACAGAACAACAUAGCCUGGCUGGUACUGGAUAGUGUGGUGGACGUUAUUUUUCUGGUUGACAUCGUUUUAAAUUUUCACACAACUUUCGUGGGGCCUGGUGGAGAGGUCAUUUCUGACCCUAAACUCAUAAGGAUGAACUAUCUGAAAACUUGGUUUGUGAUCGAUCUGCUGUCUUGUUUACCUUAUGACAUCAUCAAUGCCUUUGAAAAUGUGGAUGAGGGAAUCAGCAGUCUCUUCAGUUCUUUAAAAGUGGUGCGUCUCUUACGACUGGGCCGUGUGGCUAGGAAACUGGACCAUUAUCUAGAAUAUGGAGCAGCAGUCCUCGUGCUUCUGGUGUGUGUGUUUGGACUGGUGGCCCACUGGCUGGCCUGCAUAUGGUAUAGCAUCGGAGACUAUGAGGUCAUUGACGAAGUCACUAACACCAUCCAAAUAGACAGUUGGCUCUACCAGCUGGCCUUGAGCAUUGGGACUCCAUACCGCUACAAUACCAGUGCCGGGAUAUGGGAAGGAGGACCCAGCAAGGAUUCACUGUAUGUGUCCUCUCUCUACUUUACCAUGACAAGCCUUACAACCAUAGGAUUUGGAAACAUAGCUCCUACCACAGAUGUGGAGAAGAUGUUUUCAGUGGCUAUGAUGAUGGUUGGCUCUCUUCUUUAUGCAACUAUUUUUGGAAAUGUUACAACAAUUUUCCAGCAAAUGUAUGCCAACACCAACCGAUACCAUGAGAUGCUGAAUAAUGUACGGGACUUCCUAAAACUCUAUCAGGUCCCAAAAGGCCUUAGUGAGCGAGUCAUGGAUUAUAUUGUCUCAACAUGGUCCAUGUCAAAAGGCAUUGACACAGAAAAGGUCCUCUCCAUCUGUCCCAAGGACAUGAGAGCUGAUAUCUGUGUUCAUCUAAACCGGAAGGUUUUUAAUGAACAUCCUGCUUUUCGAUUGGCCAGCGAUGGGUGUCUGCGCGCCUUGGCAGUAGAGUUCCAAACCAUUCACUGUGCUCCUGGGGACCUCAUUUACCAUGCUGGAGAAAGUGUGGAUGCCCUCUGCUUUGUGGUGUCGGGAUCCUUGGAAGUCAUCCAGGAUGAUGAGGUGGUGGCUAUUUUAGAUCAUCUUUCGUAAGAUCAGUGAUGUGAAGAAAGAGGAGGAGGAGCGCCUCCGGCAGAAGAAUGAGGUGACCCUCAGCAUCCCUGUGGACCACCCGGUCAGAAAGCUCUUCCAGAAGUUCAAGCAGCAGAAGGAGCUGCGGAAUCAGGGCUCGACACAGGGUGACCCCGAGAGGAACCAACUCCAGGUAGAAAGUCGCUCCUUACAGAAUGGAGCCUCCAUCACUGGCACCAGUGUGGUGACUGUGUCACAAAUUACUCCCAUUCAGACGUCUCUGGCCUAUGUGAAAACCAGUGAAUCCCUUAAGCAGAACAACCGCGAUGCCAUGGAACUCAAGCCCAACGGCGGUGCUGACCAAAAAUGUCUCAAAGUCAACAGCCCAAUAAGAAUGAAGAAUGGAAAUGGAAAAGGGUGGCUGCGACUCAAGAAUAAUAUGGGAGCCCAUGAGGAGAAAAAGGAAGACUGGAAUAAUGUCACUAAAGCUGAGUCAAUGGGGCUGUUGUCUGAGGAUCCCAAGAGCAGUGAUUCAGAGAACAGUGUGACCAAAAACCCACUAAGGAAAACAGAUUCUUGUGACAGUGGAAUUACAAAAAGUGACCUUCGUUUGGAUAAGGCUGGGGAGGCCCGAAGUCCGCUGGAGCACAGUCCCAUCCAGGCUGAUGCCAAGCACCCGUUUUAUCCCAUCCCAGAGCAGGCCUUACAGACCACACUGCAGGAAGUCAAACACGAACUCAAAGAGGACAUCCAGCUGCUCAGCUGCAGAAUGACUGCCCUAGAAAAGCAGGUGGCAGAAAUUUUAAAAAUACUGUCAGAGAAAAGCAUACCCCAGGCCUCAUCUCCCAAAUCCCAAAUGCCACUCCAAGUACCUCCCCAGAUACCAUGUCAGGAUAUUUUUAGUGUUUCAAGGCCUGAAUCACCUGAAUCUGACAAAGAUGAAAUCCACUUUUAAUAUAUAUACAUAUAUAUUUGUUAAUAUAUUAAAACAGUAUAUACAUAUGUGUGUAUAUACAGUAUAUACAUAUAUAUAUUUUCACUUGCUUUCAAGAUGAUGACCACACAUGGAUUUUGAUAUGUAAAUAUUGCAUGUCCAGCUGGAUUCUGGCCUGCCAAAGAAGAUGAUGAUUAAAAACAUAGAUAUUGCCUGUAUAUUAUGCAGUUGACUGCAUGCACACUUUACAUUUAUUUAUAAUCUCUAUUCUAUAAUAAAAGAGUAUGAUUUUUGUUACCCAAGGCAAUGUAAUAUUUGAAGAAUCAGGGUCCAACCUGCCAAUGUUGCCAUGACAAAUUUGAUCUCAGGCUGAGUAUGUAUAUCGAGCUAUCAUUUUCUCACUGUUCUGUUAAAAUUAUAGAUUAAUGCCAAGGAAGAGUUCAGUCUUUUAAACUAUUAGUACCAUGUUAUGAUCUCUUUCCAUAGGAUUUUUCUGUAACUUAGUGUUAGGUUCUUUUCCCCUACAGGCGGUGUUUGCUCCAUUUAAAUGACUGUUUUGUUGCUAAGUCAGAUAACAGUGUGGGGUAUUGAAAACUUAUUGCUAUGGGUUUUGUGCAUGAAUUACAUUUUUGAUCAACUAUACCUCUCCUUUUUUAACAUUAUACUUAGAUAGUGAUCAUUAGCUCUUAUGUAAGGAAAUCCCUACUCCCUCCUUCUUGGAGAACAGCUGCCAUCUUGUAGGCUGACAUUAUCAACACCAUAAAUACUAAACUGUUAAUAUAGUGUACGUUAUUAUAGAAACACUGCACCACAGGGCAUAAGGCCUUUUGACAAUUCACGUAAGAGAUGCUGAAUUUCCAAAGCUUAUGAAUGCUCUAAAUUUGUAUUUCCAAAACAUGUUCAAGAGUGACAUUGAAAGGCUUCUUAGCAAAGAAACAUACAAAGAAAAGCAUUUAAGUAAUCAUAUCAAAAUGCUAACUAUUAUGAUAUAAAAUAAAAAAGUGUAAACAGAUAGAUAAAUUUUUGUGGCAUGUCUGUAACUUAGAAAGAAUGAAACACUGGUAUGGAUUGUUGACACAUGAAUCUUAGUGUUUGUAGUGAUAACACAUGAAAUGUGGUAAAACAAACAAACAAACCAAGAAGUAGACAUUAAGUUGCUCAACUCAGAUAACUGCUUUUCUAUCAUUUUAUUCUGGUUACAGUUUUUAAAAGCUUUCUGCACACAGUUCUACUGCUGGACUUCUGCUAAGUUGAUUCAAUAAACUAUUGUGGCUCAGGCAGAUCCAUUUAUGAAAGGGGGAUACUAGAGACUGAAUUUUAGUCUUUUGAAUUCAAAUCCUCUUUGUAGAAAGUGCCUAUUGUCAAGUUUUUUAAAAAAAAGUCACAAAGAGUUGUCCUGUAUAUAGCUAGUCCCUUAAAUGAUAUGGAUUGAGAAUAAAAUACACAUUCACUUGUAAGAACCCAGGAGAACUUAUUUCUUUUGACUAAACUAUAUUUUAGGAAGUUGUUCAGGGAAGCAUACUUUUCAGUCAGUGCAUGCACAGCAUUUAAUAUGGGGAGCAGGGGAAUUAGCGUUUGCAUGAAGUUGAAAAUAUGUGUGAGUAAUUUAUAUAUUACUGGACCUUCUGUACAUAUAUGUUAACAAUAUGCAAAAACAAUGGCAAAAUCGAAGGAGAUAUUUUGGUCUGUUAUACCCAUUUGUAUGAGCUUUUCUAUCUCCCAGUAUCCCCAACCAAAGCCACUAGAACUGAAAGACACAUUAUCACAUUCAGACUGAGAAGUGCAAAACAGUGAUUUAUAAACACAGUUGCUAUUUCAGAAUUUCUACUGAACUUCACAUGCCCACAAGAUGUGCCUCUUUAAUCUAGGAGUCUCAAAACAUAUGUUAUGUGCCGUGGGCUCCAUUUUCCUUUCUUUGUGCAUAUGACUUCCAUUAGCCAUAAUGGAAGUUUUCAGGGGAGCACAUCUCCAUGUAAUGCUACAAUAUCUACCUACCACAAACACAAGAAAAUGAAAUAAUUAUGGAGUAAGGAAUCAGCCUUGAAAUUGGAAUUUUGUUGCUUUCAUGGUGAGGAUGAUGUCUUUUUCUUGACCUCUGACAUUUAUUAAAUUUCAGGGUUUUUUUCUAUUUGUUUAAGUCAAGUUUGGCUUAAGCUUUUAAAGGUGAAUGUGUGGUUAAAAUAAAAAUCUGAGUACAGAAGUUGUUAGUUUAACUUUAGCCAGUGCUUCAAAAAUAACUGUUGGUAUAAAACUAUAAAAGAAUGACUGUGAACAACAUGAUGAUUUGAAGUUCUAAUUCAUGCCUUUGCAUAUUAGUGGUGCAAAUAUUUACUGUGUUCUGACAUUGACAUAGAGUUUCACCUAAUCGACCUACAAUAUUAUUGUUCAUAUAUGUGAGAAACAUAAUGGUUUGGAAUUACUCCGAGUUUUCAAGAAGAAGGGAAAGUAUCAAUUGUUUAUUUAUGGUGCAGUUAUCAUAGAGUUUUUUCAGCCAUCUCUGUUCUCUGUGUGCAUGAUAUGAAGAGGUGCUGAAUGCACCCCGCUGUUUUCAGCAGGAAUGCGUGUUUUCAGCAAACAUUGUAUAUAGAGUAGUCUUUUAGGUUCCCAGAUUCCACAAAUCUUAGCAGUUGAAUUUACUCAGAUUUGAAUGAAGGGUGAACACUUGCUUUAAUACAUGCAAUAAUGAUACAAUCACGUUCUAUGUUGCCUCAGCUAGCACAUAGACAGUAGAUGCUCUUUUGGGGACGAGAUAACUGCAUGUUUUAUUCCUACACUGUAUAGAUGCUCUUGGUGCAUCCAGAAUAAAAUUUUUAAUAUUAUAUUUCUAAAUAAUGUAUUAAUAGUAGUAAAUGGAUAUGUAUUUGAAAUCCAAACAUUUUCCAAAGCAAUUUACGCACCUUCAAUAUUUUUCUAUGAUGUUAUUAAUAGGUAAGAUCAGAUGCUGUAUCCUCGACAGGUGGUUGUAACAUAAUAGCAAAAGUCAAAUUAGAAUGGAAAUGCGAGUGAUGUAUCAUAAUGGCAAGUUUUAUCAGUCUGCGUAAGGAUAUUGUUGCACUAAAUGUGAUCUAGCAGAUGGAAGAGAUUAUGAUAAAAGGCAAAUGGGCACACAAAAGCCAGAUGACAAUACCAAAGCUACAUGAAUGGUACUGAAAAUGAUUCAGGCACAGUGGUUGAAAUGAAUGAAGUGGUUGAAUACAGGCCCAUGCUUCAUUGUUAAAAUGGAAAAUUUUUAUGACGCUAGUAGCAGCUCACAUUAAGUAUAGGACUAAAAAUGCCCUAAGUAUUUUUUACAAACAACUUUAUGCAUAUCAAAGAAAAAAUGGAAAAUAUGGGGUUUGAAAUUGCUCUAGAAGAAAUGUGUACUUCUGUUGUAAUCAACACUUUAAUAGGAAAAUUAGCUGUGACUGUUAACUGAAGUACCAUUAUCAAAAUUAACCUUAUUGGAGCCCAGAUGGAAAUCACAUUUUCCCUUCUGUUUAAGGAGAUUUCGUUCACCCUCUGAGAUCUGGCCCAUUUGAUGUCUUAUUUUAAAUAACUAAAGUCAUUUGGAAUUUUUUUUUUUAAUAUUAGCCUUCAGAGCAGUGACUGUUUUGAAGUGUGCAGUGGCAGAUAUUUGUGAAAUUAUUCAUCAUAUUCCUAAUGAAUUCCACUAUCUUGUAUGAUUUUCAUCUUUUAAGCAAUUUUCUCAGAGUUUGUUUUCCAAAAUUUCAUGUAGGUAAUGAGAACAUUUUUCUAGAAUGUGCAUAUCAUACAUGGAUAACCUUCAAAUAUGAAUAUUUUAUAAUCAUGUGAAUGUUGUGCUAUAAUUUUUUCUAUUAGGUGUAAAAGUAUUUCUCUUCUUGUCUUAAUGGAAAGGGGAAAAAGAUAACAGUCUUUUGGAAAACACCUUAAGAUUAGUAUCUGAGCUUUGUCUUGGAUUCUGAAUUUAGCUUUACUACAAACUAGAAGUGUAAUUAUGGGCAAGUUAACCUUUUCUGGUGUACCAAAUGCUACCAUUCCCCCGGCAAUAAAUAAGAAAACAAAGAUAAUAGCUGUUGCCUUCUUAUAUCAACACACUAUUAGGUAAUACAAAAAUUAUCUUUCUUGCAGGUGAAAAUUACAUUAUGACAAAUGAUCACUUUUUCAUUCUUUCAUAGAAAAGUAUCCAUGAUGUACUCUCUAUAGAAAUAUUCUUCUAGAUUUUAGAAGAAAUUUCAAGGAUUGAUGGUGAUGUGAUUUUUAUCUAAAUGUUCUUUUAGGUUUUAGAAGAGAUUUAUCUGGUCAGAGGUUGAUGGAAGGAGGCAUAGUUUGCUAAAUAAUUAUUAGUGGCAGGUAAGCAUAAAACUUGAUACUUCUCUGGGAAUUUAGAACUACGAAUCAAAUAAACUUGGAGAGAAUGAAGCUCCAUUGAUGGAAGAGAGAAAGAAGAGAAAGAUAGGUAAAUUUUAAGAUUUUUCUUAAUUCUACUUAAUCAUACUGCUUGGCAGACAUUCUCAAUUUUGUGAAAAAAGUAUGCAUAUUGAUAAGUGGCCAAGGUAUAGAGUAGUUCAUCAAUAUAUCUAUGUGACAAAACUAAAUGUAUAACCCUUAAAUUUAUACAAAUAAAAACUAGAGUAGUUCAUCCUUCAACUUUUUAUAUUAAACUAAUCAUGAACUGUGCAAGAUACAUGAUUCCACAUGGGCAGACAUUCUUAUAACAAAAUUCUCAACUAUGUGCUAUGUAUUGUAAGUUUCAGUCUGUAUUCUGACUUGAGAUUUUCUAUCACUUCAUUUUUAGGAUAAGACCCAUGUGUUUGCAUUCUUUAUGAGGGUCAGGGCCACUGAGGAUUUGGACUGGGAACUAGGAAGAUGAUGAAGGCAAGGGUUGAGAAAAGACUGAGGAGAACCUAUCUGCUUCUUUACUCUUAGGUUUAGAAGUUAAAUUAGUUAACUAAGCUUAUAUUUACCAAGUGUUCACUAUGAUAAGCAUUUUAUUUAGGUUAUCAAAUUUAAUUCUUGCAACAACCCCAUGAAGGUAUAAAUUAAGGAACUUGUGCAGGAUAGCAUACCUGUUACACGGUAAAGUUGAGUUUCUAACACAUGCAGUCAGACCUUAGGGAGAAAACUUUAUUUUGUAGAAUAUUGACGUUACAAGAACUAUCUACUUCAACCAUCUAGUCUAAGUUUUUCCAGACACAAACUUUUAAAGAUUUCUUAAAAUAAUUCUUAACAAUUGCACUCUAUAAUGUGAAUGUAAAUGUUGGUUAUUUCUGGGUAGGUCAGAGUCAGUGACAGAGGUUGAAAUCAUACUGUCUUAAGCAAAAGGUGCCCUGUCCCAACAGUGGAAUUUUCAUUUACUUCUCCCAACAGUUGAAAGACAUCAGCCAAAGUAAACUGUCAAAUGUAGUUAUAAAUAAGAAGCAUGUUUCACAUAUAGUCACUGGUAUCAACAUUUCCAGUUGAAUUUUAACCUAAAGAGAUAAUGCAUAAUGAUUAAGGAAAGCAAGAGUCAUUCAGGACUUUUUCUAUAAUUUCUUUUUAUUUUUAAUAGUGGGAUUUGGAUGAGACUCUGGAAUUUAUUUUUAAAAUUUAUUUUUUGACUCAUUGGGUUUUAAGUAGAUUAUUCAGAUAUUUUUAUUGAUUGCACUAAUGUUGCCUUCUUGGCCAAGCCACUAUUAAAUGCAUUAUCCAAAUUAACUAUCUCUGUUUAGAAUGGCAACUUGUAUCCUUAUUUCCAAAAUUAAUGAAUUCCUAGUGUGUAUAUUUACUUCAGAGAGUUUCAAAAAUUUUCUCUAAUGAAAAAAUGUUAAUUUUCUGAAUGUGAUUUAUUUGUUCUACACUUUGAGAUUUUGAAAGCAAGUGUCUUGAGAAAAGGAGAAAAAACCAAGAUAUUACAACACUGCAUGCUGGAAUCUUCAGCCCAAACCAUCUUGUUUUCACUUGGCUAAUAACUGAGCCAGAGGUAAUCAUAGAAAGGAAUAAUCCUACUUUUAAAAUAAUGACUGUGAAGGACCCCACUGACACUAUCCAAAGCUUUUUAUAGUCAGCUCACUUCCAUCCUGGCUUUUACAUUAUCACUGCAUGAUUAUUUAAAUGAGGCCAUGACUUGUACUACCUGUAAAGGCACUUGGUCAAAGAACAGUAAACCAAAAAGUGCAGCUUAUGGCCAGAGUUAUAACUGAGGAAAAGGGAGGGUGGAGAAGGGAUAGCAGUUGCUUCCUUUUAAUGAGUUUUCUGUGUGUGGUGCCUUUUAAAUAGCUUUUGUUUAUUUGUUUUUAAGAUGACACAUUGUCAUUAAGGUUUUAACAAAACCUUUGGAAGCAGUUUGAAAGCUUGCCAAAGUUGGGGCCUUCUUUAGAAAUAAGUGCUCUCCCACCAACCAGUGAGUUUAGAACCUCUGGUUCUGGCCUACAAACCCAGUUCCCUAAGCACUUGGCUGGUUGGGCUGCAUUUUGAUGGAGGGAAAACAAAAAGAUCUGAUCACUCUCUCUCAUUUAUGCAGAAUCACUGACUGUUGAAUGACCAAAGCAUUCAAAGCCAAAAUAUUCACCUUGAUGCUUCCAUAAACCAGACUGAGUAUCCAUAAUAACUAAGUAAUUUUAUCCCCAUUCUGUGCUAAAUCAUAUUUCAUAAUAUAAAAUGUAACCCCUUCCCUCUAUGGUCAGACUCUUCAUUGCCCAUUUCCAUAGAGAAAUUGGACUUUGGCAAAAAGCAACAUAAAGAUUAUCAUUGUUCCUAGAACCGUUGUUGUCAUGGACCCCUCAUUUGCUCCUCAACUUUUUCAACCAAAUUAUAGUGAGAAAGGUUCCUGAUGAGACCAAGACUGCAAACAGGAAGAAUACGUAGCUAGUAAACUAUGCAAAAUCACAGCAAAGAUUCAUUUUUAAUUCCAUGUUACAGUGUUUGAUAGUCCUAAGUAUUUAAUAUUGGUAUAUUAUGUCACAGCCAUGAACUGUCAACUUACACAAAAUCCAAAUGUGCUUUUAUUUAAAAUCAAGAUUAGCCUAUUUCAUUUUUAGAAAACACAGUGGUCAGGAUUCCUUUUUCGACCUCUGCAGGGAUGUUUUCACAUUGCUAUUCUUAUGACCCUUUAUCAGAGAGGGAAUAAGUGUAGUUUACAUCUCCUUAGGGUUGACUGCACCAGCAUCUUCCAUCAAGCAGUCGCCUUCCACCUUAUAACCUGUUCACAGUUAAUAAAGCAAGAGGGAAUAUGCAUUUCAUAUUAGGAACAGAUUUCUUAAGUGAUUGUUACGAAAAGUGGAAACCAGUUUAGAACCAUUUUUUUACCCUAAAACAUCCAUUGUAGUUUGUUGAAAGAGCAAUGACUUUUAGAAGUGCUUGGUACUCAAGCAACACAAAAUGUGCAGAUUCAUGAUCUAUUGAAAAUUAUAGAGUUCUUUUUAUUCUAUGUUUUAGUGACUUUGUUUACACUAGUUGUGGCAUUUUGUAUACUACAAUGUAAAUUCUACUAUAACACUAAUGUUACUAUGGGAAUUAAUUUUGCAACUUCUUAAAUGUUUUUGUCACUGCAACCAUAUUGGUGAGAUUUUGGGGGUAUAAAAAAUGCCUCUGCCUUUAAGGGUUAAAUGCAUUGGAAAUAAUUAAUUCAUGCAUUAACAAAGGAAACAAUGCAAACAUUUCAUGUGGAAUGUUUUUAAUAGCAUUAUGCUAAGCAGUACUUGUUGGCUCUUUUCAAAAUCUGAUUCAUGCUAAGCAGAUCCUUUUUUCUACUUAAACAAAGAUACUGCAAUGUAUAAUAUAGAAAUUUUGUAUGUACUGUUGACCUAUCACCUGAUCACUGACAGAAUGUUUGAAAAUAUUUUAAUGGUGUGACUUUAGGGUCAAUUAUGAAAUAAUUGUGAUCAAAAUUCAACUGCUUCUGGGAAGUUUAUGGUGAUUAUCACUUUAUUUAACGUUUGUUCUUAAGAAAUGGUCAUUUUGAAAAGUGAAUUGGCAGGUGGAAGCUUUUAGCCCAAAAGAAUUCUGGGUUCCAGCACAAUAAACUGUAUUUCAUCAGGGAGGGCUAACUUUGCUUUUUUUCACACUUUAUUUAAAUGUGGAUAUUUUUUCAUGAUACAGAAUAAAAUGUGCAUUUUAUGGAA